AUGGCGGCUGGCAGCUCGCAGGCUCUGUGCGGUCUCAAGCAGAGGACGAACUUUGAGCAAACGCCCAAUGAUCACAGAAGGAAGACCAGCCUGGCCGUGGCCAAGGGAGCCUUCGGGAAGACCCCGCAGGCGAGAGGUGCUACCGCCGGCGGAGGGGGAGGGGCAGCAGGAGCAGGAGCAGGAGCAGGAGCAGGAGCAGGAGCAGGAGCAGGAGCAGGAGCAGGAGCAGGAGCAGGAGCAGGAGCAGGAGCAGGAGCAGGAGCAGGAGCAGGAGCAGGAGCAGGAGCAGGAGCAGGAGCAGGAGCAGGGGAAGGUACAGGAGGAGCAGGAGGGCGUCAGCUUGCCCCUCAGCGAUGCACGCCCACGAGGACGUCGAAUUCCACGACGCCAAACAGAUUGUCUAUGGGUUCUUCCCUCAGUUCCACCAGCAAGAAUAAAGCCAGGUCUGAGAUGUGGCCUGUAACAGAUCCGUCUUUUAAAACGCAAUGUGUCGACAAUAUUAUAGAUUUCCUGGUGACACAUGGUUUUGAAAGUCAUGUGCAGAGACGCUCCCUCCUCAGGCCAACUGUAAAGGAUUUCACACAAUUUUUUGAGUUCAUUUACCGGAAACUGGAUACAGCCUACUCCCUUCCAACCAGAUUUGAAGAAGACAUUCCACGAUUGCUGAAGCUUUUGAAGUAUCCUGUGCAGAUUCCCAAGUCUUCCUUUGCAACUGUUGGUUCUCCACACACUUGGCCUUCAGUAUUAGCCAUGCUUUCUUGGCUUGUUGAUGUCGUGAACACGUACCAGAUUAUUGACCCGAUGAAGAUUACUUUCCCGGACGAUUUCAACCCAGACAGCAGAGUGGCAAAGGCUAAAUUGUCCACUUUAGUAAAGCUCAUUCAUACUGAGGAAGAUGAGGAGAGGCAGCGGAGUAUCUUAUUGGAAUAUGAGAAAUCCUUGGAAGACAUUACAGGUGUUACAGCAGAUGAUAUGAUGAAACUUGAAGAGGAGAGUCAAUACCUGCGAGAUAAAAUUGCACAGUUUGCAAGCAGCAGUGAAAAACUACAACAGCUAGACCAUCACUGUGUACAAUUAGCUGAAGACUGUCGUAAGCUGAACAACUACUGCAGAGAAUUGGAAGUCCAUUGUACAACGAAGAACAGCGAAUGUUCACAGCUGGAAAAGAAACUUGCAAAAGUCAGGGAUGUUAAAGCAAAAGUGUAUGAAGAAAUAGAAAAUCUGGAAAGAUUCCACACGCACCAAGCCCUGAGUAGUGAGGAGCUGUCUCGCUGCAAGAACCAUGCUAGGGAUGUUGCUGCUAAGAUAUCUCACUUCCAGGCCCUGGAUAGCGAUCUUGAUGCGCAGAUCUGGAACUUGGAGAUGGAGACUGGCAAAGCACAAAAGAAAGUGAGCGAUGUUGUUGGGACUUACAACAACCUUGCAUGCUCACUGGACCUUCCCCAAGAAUAUGAAAUUGACUUGAUUGAUCUUCGAGGCAGCAUCAGUUUCUGGAAGGCGGAUUUGUUGAACAUGCUGAGGGAAAAGAAGAAAGCAAUCCGCCAAGCAACUUAUGAGAUGGAGACUCGAGUCAUGAGCCAAGAUGAGGAGAAUGUUAUGAAUGAAGAAAUCUUACAGGACAAAAGGAAUGAAUUAGAAAAACUCCAGAACAAGAUUCUAUUCAUAGACCAAGACAUCAAAAUAACAAAAAAUGAUAUUGGGGUUGAAGAGAGUGAAUUUUUGCAAAUAUUAGACAAAUACCAGCAGCAGAUAUACGAACUUAGCAAGAUAGCCAGAGGAUCGGUCCACAAGAAGGAAAGUGAAAUUAACUUUGUUAGAGAAGAGCUAUUGACACUGAAACAACAUGUCAAAGAGCGAAAAACAUUGGCCAUGGAGUUUUUAAUACGGAUUUGUCAGGCGGUUGUUGGACACGUCAGCUGGAAGCAAGAAGAGGCACUUCGAUACAAAAAAGAUGUUGAAAUUCAAUGCAAGAAUUUAAGUGAAAAGUUAUGAUAAUGUGAAAAUUAGUUGCUUAUGAUUAUGCUACCAGUACAUUUUUAAUGUUAUACAUUUACAGAUUUGAUAAGAAAUAUAUGAUAUUUAUUUUGUUUAUCUCUGUGAUUUGUGUAUUUGGAUGUGGAUGUUGAUAUUUUCAUUGUAUGUUUUUAGAAUAAAGUAAGUAU